AUGGAGUCCGUGUGCGCCGACUCCGUGCCCUGUCAGUACGACUACGUGAUCACCCUGAACAAGGACUACGCCAAAGUGACCAAGCAACACGAGGCCUACGCACUGUACCUGGCCAACGAGGCUAAUAAGAAAUAUCCCCGAUUGGUCGGUUACGAAGCGCGCCGUUGCCGAGAGGACGGCCUGUGGUCUUGGGGUGUGGACCCCGAGUGUAUCAGUGAUCCCAAAUACACGGGAACGAUAGCGGGUAUCGACAUCGGCGUCAUACUGCCCAUCAUUAUAGUGAUUAUACUAGUGAUCGGGUGUUUCGUGUACUCCCGACGUAAUGGAAAGGAGCACUACACUCGAGAGCCCGGAAUGUAAGUCCUUUUCGCAUACCAGUGCUGUUGUCGCAGAA